CUUCUUAAUAAUACCCGUUAGAUCUAGGGAAUCGACGGAUCACAUUGUUUCAAUAAAUCUACUUCCGUGUUGCAUUAUAGAAGGUUCGUAAAUGCAUUAUAGGGGUAAUCUAGACAUUUUGGCCGAAUAUGAACCGCCAUAUUUUUGGAAUACACGACUUUCGUGGGAUUUGAAACGAUCUCAAUCUUCUUCUUUCUUCAUUCAUUAUUCUUUCACCCCAUCCCACUCCUUCCACUCUCUCCACAACCGAAACCCUAGACAACUCCCUCCCAGCGCCGCGUCUGAAGAUUGGGGAUUUUGUCGACCAAAUUUCGGAGGAAAUAGCUAUCACCGAUAACAUCUACUCAGAAACACCGAUUCGUUUCUACUAGGUAUGUUUCCAUAGUGAUUUAGGCUUCUUUUUGUCGUGAUUUUGCAGACCCACGUUGUUAAAAUUGAAUCUUUGAAUGCGGCGAGGCGUAGAAAUCUCUGAAAUUAGUUGUUCGACUAAGGUUGUCACUGAUUAUCCUGACGUAGAAAUUGUGUUGUGUUAAAUAGGGAUGGAAUUAGGUCUCUUAUAUUUCCGUUGUAUGCCAGGUUCAAAAUGCCGAAAAGAGGUCGUCCGCGCUCCCAAGCAUCACAGGAUGCAGAUAACCAGCUUAGAGUCGACAAAGACAGUGUUGUCGACGACAUUAUUCCCGUGGCGCUAGCCAAAAGAUUUAGGGAGAGGUUAGCCGAGAUAGGCCCUGGGACCUCUGGUAGUCAAGGUGAGCCUAAACCACCUACGGGGCGAAAACUUAGCACAGUCUUUGUUGGAAGACUUAGCACUUUAGAUAUUUUUACAACCUUGAAUACACUGAACAAUGUUUUUGAGCAUAGUCUUUCUAAUUUUGAUCUUGUGAACACUCAGCCGAACCGUAUGUGCAUUCUUUUUAAUCAGACGGAUACAAAUACUUUGUGUGUGGCCAAUUAA